AUGCAUCUUGCCAAACCUCUCCUCUCAGCCCUAGCCCUUGGUGCCGGCGUCAUCGGCGCCCCGACAGAACUACAACGUCGCACCGCAAGGACAAGCGCGCCCUCUGGAUGUUUGACUGUCGGUUCUAGUGGUACAUACUCGAGUGUCGGAGCUGCCGUCUCUGUUCUCGGUUCUUCGACUGCUGCUGCGUGUAUCUACAUUGCUGCUGGCACAUACACCGAGCAGGUUAUCAUCAAAUAUGGGGGUGCCCUGACCCUGUAUGGGCAGACUGCUGAUACGGGGUCUUACAAGAAGAACACCGUGACUAUUACGCAUUCUAUCAAUUCUGCCACUGCUGGAAGUUUGGAUAAGAGUGCGACUGUUAACGUUGUCUCGGACGGAUUGAAGAUGUAUAACAUUAACAUUGUGAAUGGAUAUGGAGCGGGAUCGCAGGCUGUGGCAAUGGUUGCGAAUGCCGAUAAGCUCGGCUUUUAUGGCUGUCAAUUCUCUGGCUAUCAGGAUACUUUGUACGCCAAGUCUGGAACUCAGUACUAUUCCAACUGCCUGAUUGAGGGAAACGUCGACUUCAUCUUCGGCGAUGCCUCGGCCUGGUUUGGUGAAUGUGACAUUGUCGCCAACGGCCCUGGUGCCAUUACUGCCAUGUCACGCGAGGUAGCCAGUGACACUGCCUGGUAUGCCAUUGAUCACUGCAAUAUCAAGGCUGCGCCGGGUGUUACCCUUGACGGUACGCAGUACCUCGGUCGUCCGUGGCGCAUUCUGGCUCGUGUCAUCUAUCAGAACUCCAACAUUGGCAGUUUGAUCAAUGCCAAGGGCUGGAAUACUAUGGCUGAUGGGGCUACGCCGGCGUAUUAUGAGUUCAAUAACUCUGGAGAUGGAGCUGAUACUUCGAGCCGACUGUAUGAGACUUCUAUCUCAGCGGCUGUGACCAAGAAGACUGUUUUGGGUAGUGAUUAUGGCUCUUGGAUUGAUUCUAGUUAUUGA